AUGACUGCUCUCAAAAUAUUCAUUUUAGUCGGUCUUAUUUCCGCGACAAGUUGCGAAGAAGGAUUUUUUGAUAAGUUGAAAAAUGGGCUGCAAAGCAUGAGGAAUUACUUGGAAACGGUGAAAGAAGUCGCGGACUUGGUCUCUGACAGCUUGAAGAAGCAGCCCGAUCGUAAAAAAGGUGAUGAGAGCCCACCAGAAGACGCUGGAGAUCGGAGCGGCGGGUUUGGAAGCCUGGCUUCUGUUUUUUUUCGGCUUCUGGGAUUAGAUUCACCGAAAAUAGCCGCGAUAACUGUCAACUCUGCUAUUUUUCUCGCGCAAGUGAUCGCGUCCUUUUUUGAAGUCAAAUCUUCAAGGGAAGAGUCUGAGGACUCUGAAUUCGAUGUUUUGAAAUCAAUUAUCGAUUCUACGGACGACAAGGUCCAAAAUUUACUGAAGCAAGCCCAAAGUCCAGAACUUCCGCGGAAAAUAACCGAGCAAUUAGAUGGGAUGGAUUUGUCGUGUGUAAAGCUUUUGAUCUGCAAAAUGGCACCGUUUAUUUUGAAAGCUCAAACUUCUUUAAAGAGCGAGUCAAUUAAUGGGUCAAGAAAAACAAUUUUUACGUCUUGGCUGCCGAGUAAAGAGGAGUUUGAAGAUAAUUCGGAGAAUUGUGAAGAAGAACAUAAAGACUGUCGAGUUUUUCCAGAAGAAUUUGAACAAGAGUGA